AUGUCCACUACCUCCGCCGUCGACGCCGCCGCCGCCGCCGUAGAAGAAACUAAUCGUUCUUCUAGCUCCGGCACCGGCAAUGUCUCCGGCACCGGCACCGAUCCCACACUCUCACAUCUAAUUUCCUUGUACGUUCCACCAAUGCCUGAGAACCAGACCAUAACUAACAACACAUCCGACGACAAUUCCCUACACGACAGUCCUUAUCUUCAUCACCUAAUCCAACAUCUAACUCGAUCUGAUCCUUUCGAAUCAUCUCCAUACGAUCAAAACCCAUCACCAGUCUCAAAAACCGCGGUUGAAUCAAUCCCAACCGUGAAGAUAUCGGAAGAAAUACUCAAACUUGAUUCAGUUGUUACUUGUUCAGUCUGUAAAGAUCAGUUUUCGAUUGGUGAUGAAGCUAGGGAGUUACCUUGUAAGCAUUUGUACCAUUCUGAUUGUAUUCUACCAUGGCUGUUUGAGAACAACUCAUGUCCACUUUGUCGAUUUCCUCUACCUAUGGAGAAAGAUGAGGUGAAGGUGAUGAGGAAUGAAGGUGGAGGAAGAUUUGAGAAUAUGAGUUUUGAAGAGUUGAUGAUGGAGGAAGAGGAGAUGGCUGGUCUUGGUAACUCUUUGAGAGAUUUUGCUAGGAGGAAUAUGCUUGAUUUUCCGGAUUGGAGUGGAGAGAAUAUUUUUGCUGCAAAUAGGGUUGAAACUGUUUCGAGUUUUCCAGUUGAAGGUGGGAGUAAUGGAGGAGGAAAUGGAGAUGGAGACGAAGAUGAAGAUGUCGAGUAG